UUUGUCAAUAUUAGUAAAAGGCAAAGAAAGCAGGUUGCUGUCCCUGUUUCGCAACACAUCCAGCCACGAAUCUGCGGAGCUGAAAACCUCUGUGUUUGAGCAAAUACAGCUUAAUGCUAUUAUUGUUAGCAUCGUUGAGCUAACCAACUCCCCUUUUCACAAUUCCCGAAUUAGAUGAGUGGUUUAUUUGAUAUAAAUCGUACAAUUUGCGUUGUUUCUAAUGGAAAUGCACGUCUAAUACUUUGUUCAUAUGUAAUUUUUACUUGAAAAAGGUUCGGGUCCCGAAGGUGGACCGUCAAAUUCUGUCUGGUUUCCAUGGAAAUGUAAAGUAGGACGACAGUUUGAGGACUAUCAGGAAGUCACUGAUGACAGCUCACCACAGCACGUGACGAGAACUCACAGCACAAUUAUAUUCAUGAAAUGUUGACUCACUACACUGUUUAUCGUUGUAGCUUAACCUGAAACAGGUCAUGGAGUUUCCUCAGCAUUCCCAGCAGCUGCUGUCAGCUCUGCGGUCCCAGCGCCAGCGAGGCUUUCUCUGCGACUGCACCGUUUUGGUGGGCUCGUCCCGUUUCCUGGCUCACCGGAACGUUCUGGCCUCGUGCUCGCCCUUCUUCCACAUGUUCUACUCUGACUCUCCGGGGGGAAACAGCAGCAGCUCUGUCACACUCGACAGUGACAUUGUUACAUCUGCUGCAUUUGGAUUGCUUUUAGAUUUUGUCUAUGAAGGCGUGCUCCAGCUGGAUGAUUCUCCUCCGCUGGAGGACAUUUUGGCAGCUGCCAGCUUCCUUCACAUGAACGAGGUGGUGAGAGUCUGUAAGAAGCGACUGCAGAGACGAGGGCCUCUGGCCGAGGCAGACAGCACACGCUCUGAGGAGAGCGGUGGGCUGAGGAAGGCAGCAGAAACGGGGACAGAGGACGACCACGGAGCUGAGCUCUUGGAGGCCUUGGCACUGGACCACUUAAACACUGUCACCAUAGCAACUCCGCUGUCAUCUGGAUCCCAAGUGGCAGAGAGGAGUCAGGGGGAGUCUGUGAAGUCUGAGCAGAGGACUGGUGGAGGGCUGUCAGAGGAGCAAGUUCAAACUCCUCUGAGCCCUGACCUCGCUGAUACCACCCAGCCAGGCAUGGACAUGCCGGCCUUGCACCCAGCUGGGGAGCGGAUGCAGGGCCUGGUCGUAAACCCAUCUGCCCCCACCUCCAGGGGUCACACCAGGGUGGGUCGAGGGGGUCAGGGCAAGGGAUCUGCUCUCUCCAGUCCUUGUAGCACCACAGAGAUAUACAGUAGCCAGCAGCCCUCUUCCUCAUCGUCAUCCUCUCUGGUCCCAGUGAGCCAGGCUGGUGGUCGCUCCAUGUCCGCUCCUAGCCAGUCAGAAUCUCACCUCCCCGCCAGCGCACAUCUGAAUGAACCCCAGCUGCCUCGUGACAAUUCUCCCGAGGGUCUGUCAGACACCGAGCACAGAGCCACGUUUAGCAGAGAACAGCAGAUGGCCGUAUCAGUCCAAACAGCGGCUCCAACAUCGAACUUCCAGACGAACACAAGACACGCAGCUUUUCAACAUCCACCUCCCCAAAUCAGAAUUCAGAGCGCCGUAUCACUCCAGCGCCAGAGUCUGUUCUUUCAACAUACCGCUCAGGUUCUAACACUUCAGGGGUCAGAGGAUGACACCAAUGCUUCACCCACCACAGGCAAAAGAGCUCAACCUGUUGAGGAUAUAAGGACAGACCAGGAUGUGAAAGUUAAAGAGGAGGCCAUUGUUAUUUCUGAUGAAGAGCUGGAAGAGGAGAGAGAAGAAGUCAAGGAAUCAGAAAUGGAUGUGGAGGAUGAGUUUGAGGAGGAAGAAGAGCUGAACAGCCCUCAGUUUCUCUCUUCUCAUUCACAGAGCCUCUUACAAAUCGCCUCCCAUUCCAACGACUUCACCUUCCCCCUUUCCCCCUCCUCUUCCUCUGGCGCCGGACCCUCCUCGCAGGACACUUCCUCCUUCACCGCCUCCCUCCUCCCUCCGUCCUCGUCUCGGCAGCAUUCAGACCCUCCGGCCUACUUCCAGGAGCUCCAGGACUCGAUGGGCAACUUCGUGGAGGACGUGCCGACGUGCGGCGUCUGCGGGAAGACGUUUUCCUGCACGUACACGCUGAGGCGCCACGCCAUCGUGCACACGCGCGAGCGUCCUUACGAGUGUCGCUACUGCUACCGGAGCUACACGCAGUCGGGCGACCUUUACAGACACAUUCGAAAAGCUCACGAUCAGAGUCUGCCAGCCAAACGCAGCAAGGCCGACCCCGAGCCCUCCCUACCACCACAACCACCACCUCCUCCUCUCAGCUAGCAUCCAGAACACACACACAUCUGUUCAAUCAACAUGUAUAUAAUCACUUUAAUCUAAUACAUAGCAAAGGCUUUACUAUUUAUUUAAUCUACAAAUAUGAAAUUAUCCGAUUCCAAGAGGCCUCAGUUUUAACAAAAUAUUAUUGUUCAGAUGACCAUUAGUCUGCAACUAAACAAGUCAAUUUUUGAUUAAAUCUUCCUGUUCUGUGCUUUUACUAUUGCAGACACUCAUUAACAAAAAGAACAAUUAAGCCUCAUUAUAACAAAAACACAGAAAAAGAUAAACACCAGCAGCAGAAAAGUCGUAUUUCAUUAAUCACCUAAUUUGCCUGGAAGGCUAACUGCACCAUGCUGCAAUUUUCUAACAUUUAAUUGACUUUUGACAUUUUAGAUUUUUAAUUUUAAACACAUUUGUCAUUAAUACUUAUUCCUACAGUGGACAUAUCAAAUUGUAUGAUAAUUUAGCUGUAUUAAAACGUGUUGGUAAAAUAACUGGCAUUUAAACGCAUAAAAGGGAAAACAGUAAUCAAAAAGAAAAAAUAAGUAGGUCCUCUGGAUGAGUCCUUCGUUAGUGAAAAGUUUCGUCUCUCCUCCAAGAGACUUCUUCAGUCUGAUGAGUUUCAGGUGAAACUCAGCCUUAUAAGCACUGCUCUUCAACCUAUUUCACAUGUGGGGGGCAAUACUAUAGGCAGAAACAUGGGUGUGCUAUGGGCUCCACAGUUUCCCCUAUUGUUUCAAACCUGUACAUGGUGUCACUUUACAGGGACACCACCGAGCCGUUGGUUCAGGUAUGUUGAUGAUACCUGGGUUAAAAUUAAAUCCCAGGAAGUCCAACAUUCCACUGACCACAUCAACUCUGUGGAUAAAUAUAUAAAGUUCACAUGAAAGGAUGUAAAAUAUGGCAGUUUGGCAUUCCUAGACUGUGAUGUCUCAGUUUCGGAUGGAGGACGGUUAGAAACUGACAUGUAUCACAAACCCACCCAUACAGACCAGUAUUUGCGUUUUGAUUCCCAUCACCCACUGGAACACAAGUCAUCAGAACUCUGUACCACAGAGCUGACAGUGUCCCCACAUACACAGCAGCUAGGGAGAAAAAGAAGUCACACACAAGACAGGCCCUGGAGCAGUGCGGUUAUCCUAACUGGGCUUUUCUGAAAGCAGACAAGAAACCCAAACAGGAUUCGAGUCAACAACCAGCUGAAUAUGAAGACCCUAAACCCAGAUCCAAACCAGUCAUUGUUCCAUACGUGGCGGGAGUUUCAGAGAAACUGAGACGUUUAUUCUCUAAACACGAUGUCCCAGUGGCUUUCAAACCCCAAAACAC